UUGCGUAUCGGGCAAGGAUGCAUCGACUUUUUGCUGAGCGAGCCAUCUGUAACCGUCACCGAGCAAAACCUGGCAGACCGAGUUCGGUAUAUCUUGCGCUCAAAUACAUUUGAUGUCACCGAACUCGAACGGCUACGACGUGAGGCUGUUCCUUCAUCGGGUGAAAAUACUGCGGCUGAGGAUGCGGCGCCACAACUUGCUGAGCAAACGGCAAAUGUGGAUGCCGCCGUGAAUACGCCAGUUGUGGUUGAUUCAAACGAUGAUGGAACAGUCGCCCAGGAACCGGAACUAGAGCAAAUGAGGAGUACAUUGGAAGAGGCGAUUGUGGAAACGCGCAGUACGACUCUCGAAAAUCGACCGCGACUUCCCCGCUUAGCCCUAAGCAAGCGGAAUCGGGCUGUCGUGAGGGCUCUGAACCCAAUGCUGGUUACCUAUUUGGAAGCCAGCCGGGACCUUUGCGAUACGGACUCAAUUCUUUUUGGCGCCGCACUGGCAGUCUGCCGUAUUAUAGGUGCCAAACUUUCCACGGCUGGACGCGCUACUGGACAAAGUAGUGCUAUCCCAGCCUGGAGAAUAAGAAUUGAAGAACGUAUCGCAAAGGCUAGGGCCCUCAUCGGCAGACUGAUACGCUUCAGGUCAGGCAAUACCAGGCCAAGGAUUGUGCGCACCGUCAGGAUGGCGUUUGCUGAGACAAAUGUUAGUUUGUCCCAGCCGGAUAUAAUGCAAAAACUGACGGAGCGCAUAGACAACCUGAAGCAAAGAAUAGCUGCUUGGGGAAAGCGGAUUCGGCGAUAUACCGAGAGGUCGACACGGUUCAACCAGAAUCGUCUCUUCCAGAGUGAUCAGAAGAGGCUCUAUAAAUCAUUGGAGCGACCAAUAGUAAGUGGAACGGGCCCUGCACCAAAUCAGGCCGACAUGGUCGCAUUCUGGCGCAGCCUGUGGUCAGAGCCCGUAAACCACAACGAGGGCCCUUGGACAGAAGUUGUGGCGAGUCAGUGUGCGAGUAUUACGCCCAUGGACCCCGUCAUCAUAACGCCGGAUGACGUAGCUGAGGCCGUCCGUAGGGCCCCGAACUGGAAAAGUCCGGGGCUUGACGGGCUGCAUCACUACUGGCUGAAGGGGUUCAUGAGCAGUCGCACGACGUGGUGCGACACGUACGAGUGGUGCAGGCGCACGGAUACAGCGCGCAACACGUAUAGUAGCCAUGUGUAA